ACAAGUAAGGUUUUUCAUUUAUGUUGGCACUCCUCUUUCAUCCCUUUUUCUUUCUCCAUCAGGUGAUGAGCAGGACACCUGGAAUUCUGUGGACUCCAUCGUUUUUUCAGUUAAGAAAAACAAACAAAUGUAAAGCACCAAAAAUAAUAAUAAUUCUACACCCUUAAAAGAGGAAAAGAGAAGAGAAGCCAGGAAAAAAGAGAUAAAGAAAACUCCAGCUUCUCCUAAUAUUGAGAUGGAUGCACAUCUGAUCACCUGAAAAAAUCAACAGGGAAAAGGAAGGAGAAAAGGUUCCCUGGCCAGAGAAAACAUUCAAAGGAUUUUCAGAUGACAGUAGACUUGACAAAAUCCACCGAGAGGAGUAAUGAAGUGAAAGCAUAGAAAAAGGAAAGUGCAUCAUGAUGAACAGUGAUUGUACUUCAUGUGAAAAACCCCUGAGAAGUGAGAAACAAUACAAAUGGCAACAUCAAAGACUUCACAGUGGGGAGAAACCAUAUAAAUGCAUGGAAUGUGGAAAGAGUUUCAGGCAGAAAAAUGGCCUGAGCUCACAUCAAAGAACUCACUCUGGAGAGAAGCCCUAUAAAUGCAUGGAAUGUGGGAAAUCUUUCAGUCAUGGCAGUAGCCUCUGUUACCAUCAAAGAACUCACAAGGGAGAGAAACCAUAUGAAUGCAAGGAAUGUGGAAAGAGCUUCAGUCAGAGCAGUCACCUGAACAGACAUCAAAGAACUCACACUGAGGAGAAACCAUAUGAAUGCAUGGAAUGUGGAAAGAGCUUCAGACAGAAGAGUGGGCUGAGCUCACAUCAGCGAACUCACACUGGGGAGAAACCAUAUGAAUGCAUUGAAUGUGGAAAGAACUUCAGCCGGAGCAAUAGUCUGCAUUCACAUCAACGAACUCACACUGGGGAGAAAUCAUAUAAAUGCAUGGAAUGUGGAAAGAGCUUCAGUCAGAGGAGUAGCCUGCGUUCACAUCAAAGAACUCACACUGGGGAGAAACCAUAUGAAUGCAUGGAAUGUGGGAAGAGCUUCAGCUGUAGCAGUGCCCUGAGUAAACAUCAGAGAACUCACAGUGGGGAGAAACCAUAUAAAUGUAUGGAAUGUGGGAAGAGUUUCAGUCUUAAGAAUAGCCUUAGUUCACAUCAGAGAACUCAUACACGGGAAAAACCAUAUAAAUGCAUGGAAUGUGGGAAGUCCUUCAGUCAUGGCAAUAGCCUCUCUUUCCAUCAGAGAACUCACAAGGGUGAGAAACUAUAUAAAUGCAUGGAAUGUGGAAAGAGCUUCAGCUGUAGCGGUGCCCUGAGUAAACAUCAGAGAACUCACACGGGAGAGAAGCCAUAUAAAUGCAUGGAAUGUGGGAAGAGCUUCAGUUUUAAGAAUAGCGUCAGUUUACAUCAGAGAACUCAUACACAGGAAAAACCAUAUAAAUGCAUGGAAUGUGGGAAGAGCUUCAGUUUUAACAGUAACCUGCGUUCACGUCAAGGAACUCACACUGGGGAGAAACCAUAUGAAUGUAUGCAAUGUGGAAAGAGUUUUAAUCAGAGCAGUCACUUGCGUUCACAUCAAAGAACUCACACUGGGGAGAAACCAUAUGAAUGUAUGCAAUGUGGAAAGAGUUUUAAUCAGAGCAGUCACUUGCGUAAACAUUGGAGAACUCACACUGGGGAGAAGCUAUGAGAAUGCAUGGAACGUGGAAAGAGCUUCACUAACCUGCUUUCACAUGAACGAACACACACCGGAGAAGCCAUAUAAAUGCAUGGAAUGUGAGAAGAGUUUCAGUCUAAACAAGAACCUUAGUUUACAACAAAUAACUCAUACACGUUAGAAACUAUAUAAAUGCUUGGAAUGUGGAAAGAUCUUCAGUCAGAGCAGUAAUCUGAGUUCACAUCAGUAAACUCAAAAUGGGGAGAAAACACAUGAAUGCAUGUGAUGUGGGAAGUGCUUCAGUUAAAACCAUAGAGUUAAUUCACGUCAGAGAAGUCACACUGGGGAGAAACAGAGAAUGUGGAGAGAUGCUAUGAUAGCCGUUACCUCCAUUUGCAUCAAAUUACUCUCUCUGAUGAGAAACUAUCUAAAUGUAUGGAAUGUCAAAAAUAUCAUUUUUUAAAUUAGUCUAUUAAUCAAGAAAUGUAUUUAGAAUAGGCAGAUGGGACUUCUAUUUUAUCCUGGAAUGCUGAGUUUCGUCUUCUGAGUAAAAAGAUAAACUCUGUCAAUAGUUAGGAAAUUAACCACAGAAAUUAACAACGCUGUUGAAAAAAGUAACCAGAAAUCAACCACACACAAAAAAACUGCACAAUUACAAUUUGUAGUGACUUAGAUUAGAAAGGCCAGUGUUGGAACUGAUAAUGGGUGAAUGAAAGGAUGCCUUCAAUGAACACCAGGCUUGACCAGAGUCGAAAGGUUAUGAGUGACAGAGUGUGACAGAGUGUGUGUGGGUUCCAGAAACACACACCCCUCGAACCUGAGAACCAGCUUUCCUACUCAGUUAUGGAUUCUAGAACUUUGCUGACCCAGGAACAGGUGGAAUGGUCAUGGCAGCAGUUCGACGAGUGCAAGGAGAUUUUAAUUCAUGGGAAAGUUAUGCGUAUAUUUGCAGAGACAUGGCAGCCGAUCUUAGCUCUAUAAGCUCAGCCUGUCAAGGUAAAAUGGACACCAGAAUGCCAAGGUGCUUUUGAAGCUUUGAAGGCCAAAAUGUAUUUUGAAGUCACCUGAUUUUGACAAAACCUUUUAUUUUGCAAACGGAUUCUUCUGAUUUUUGACUAGGAACAGCAUUGUUGCAGGAAGGGGAUGAUGGCAUUUGUAGUCCAAUUUCAUUUUUCUCCAAGAAACUUCUAGAACAUGAAAGAAAUUAUUCUGUUCCAGAAGAGACACUUCAAUAAUUUGGUCACUUCAGCAUCUACGCCCAUAUCUUUGGGGUCACAGAUUCAUUCUGCAGACACACUAUAGAGCAGUGAUCCCCAACCUUGGGCCUCCAGAUGUUCUUGGACUACAACACCCAGAAGC